UCCCUAUAUCACACUUCCCGCGCAUUUUAUAUCACGUCCUUAAUUUCUGCUGAUCACCUAUCUUUUCAGUCUCCCUGACAUACGCUUCCUUUCAUUUCCAUCUCUACUCCACAAUUCUGGAUUUCAAAACAAUGAAAAAAACCCAGAAAAAACCCACCGGAAAACCCGGGAACACCACCCGUAAACCCCACCUCAAACCCCCUCAAGGACACGUGGCAUUCCGCCUUCUCUCCCCCGUACAAGCCGGCAGCGCUGUCAUAGGACACGGCGGUGCCAUGUCCCAGAAGAUUUCACGUGAAACCGGUCUCUCCUUACUUCGCGUGGAAGACCCACUUUCUGGGUGCGACGAGCGUAUCGUCAACAUCGUCGGACCUGGAAACUUGGAUAAGACUCUCGUUUUGAGGGAUGGUAAUGGCGGUGAAGGAGAGAGAAAGUUUGAGGUUUCGUCGGCGCAGUUGGCGGUGUUUAGGGUUUGGGAUAUUCUGGAAGAGAAUACGGCGGAGGGUUACCGGAGUUUCCGGUUGUUGACGGUGAAGGGAGAAGAGAAGAUUAAGUCGUUGGUUGGAAUUGUGGGUGCAACUAUUAGGGUUUUGCCUUUGGAUGAGCAUCCUCUUUGUGCUGAUAUUUCUGAUGAUUUGAUUCAGAUUACAGGUGAUUCCUUGGCUACUAGAAAGGCACUGCUUGCUGUUACAUACUGUCUUCAAGGAAACAGUUCAAGAGCUAUAAGUCAAUUUUGUGGUCCAGUUUCCGAUGGGGUAUCACAUGAUCUGCAUGCACAAAAACAUCUAAGCAUUGAUACAGAUGCUGGAGACAGUGGCCAAAGUUGUGUGGCUGCGGGGACCAAAGAAGUGGCUUUCAGGCUGCUUUGCCCCACUUAUGCGGCUGAUGGUUUGAUUGACUGGGGAGGGAGCAUAAUGAAAGCCCUAAAAAGGGAAACAGGAACUCGUAUAGAAGUGAUAGACCCAGUAGUGGGUAGUGAUGAGUGUGUGAUUAUGGUGUCUGCUAUGGAGAAAAAGGAAUGUCAGUAUUCCCCAGCCCAAGAAGCUACUCUCCGUGUUUUCACAAGAUUAGUGGAAGCUGCCUCAGGAUCUGGGCAUGCAGGUCCGAAUAGAGGAGAUUCUGUGACUGCAAAACUCCUGAUUUCAUGUAGCCAAGUCAACAUGUUGGAUAUGAAAGAUACUGCUGGUGCUGAAGUGCAAAUAUUAGACAGUCAGUGUACUUCUGCUACUUUAGCGGGUAAGAAAAUUAUACAGGUAUGA